ACAGUUCUCCAAGCAUAUCAUUAUUAUUGAUAUGUGAGUGGGACGUAAGUGGUCAACUAUUUGUUAUUCGAUUGUUUACAUAUCAUUCGAUCAGUGAAUUGAUCUGAAUUAGCAAGUACGAAUUCGCUGCGAGAAGCUGAGGACAUGCCUUCCAAAAGGAAAUCGCUUGAGAUUAAGGAUGAAGAAGAAAUUAAGGAAGUGGUCAAUGUUAAUAAAAGGAUUUGCUCAAAGGAGGAGCCAAAUGCAGAAAUGAAUCUCAUUAAAGUAGAAAAAGUUGAUGAGGAUCUUUUGAAGCUGGAUCCACAGGAGUUCAUUGUAGAGUUGGAACUGGAUGAAAUCGCGAAGGUGGACGAGUAUAACGAGAAUGGGGAUGUGCAGAAUGUGAAACCGAAGAUAAUGCCAGAAAAUUUGGACCAAGAUUAUACUAUGACAGUGGAUGAUGAUGCGGAAGAUGCUUCAAAUGCACGAGAUGGAAAUCAUUUUGUAAAUGAAUUCAUUUCAGAUGAAAAUCAAAUCCAUAAUGUAGAUCUUGACGAAAGUGAUAAAGAAAACACAGAUUUAGUUUUGGAGCAUCCUCGACCGGGGACGAGCCGCGAAGUCCAUACAAUCGUGGAUAACGCUGUACCGCAGACUGAACCAUUCAGGAUUGCGAAUUCCUGUAAAGCCAUAUUAGACGGCACCUUCUUCGAGGUGGUGCCGGAUAAAUGCAAUCAAAAUGAUGGCACUAUUGUUGCUAUUUGCAAGAGAUGUACUGACAGCAGGACGGAGGUGAAAGGUACUUAUCACUCGAGCAACAAUUUUAUAUCUCAUAUCAAACGCAUCCAUGGUUGCAUUGAGCUUUCCAAAUUGGAGAAGCAUAGACGCCGCUACAAUAAGGAGAGAAACAUUCCUAUCCAUCCGAUUGGCGAAGGGGAAAAAUCGAGGAAGAGGUGUAAAUGUUCAUUCACGCAAGAACAAUUAGAAAAAUUGCUUAUGGAUUACGCUGUGAACACACUGGUGCCAUUGAAGACUCUGAACAGCGAGUACUUUAGAGCGAUCGUGGAUCAUAUUUGCACCUGCGUAUCCAUCGAGAAGGUGUUCAGCCAUAGAGCGUUGAGCAAAAGGAUCUUAGAUUUGCACAGUGAAAAUACCCAGAAGGUGGAGAGGGCUUUGCAGGAUGCGCAAUUCGUUUGCACUACCGUCGACGUAUGGUCCACGAGUCUUUCGAGGUUCGUGAAUGCCAGCGUCCAUUGGAUCGAUGUUAACAGUUUGGAGAGGAAAUCAGCGGCAAUGGCAUGUCGCCGCUUCCCAAAGGCACAGUCUUACAACAAAAUCUCUCACAUGCUGGCAGAAAUCAAUACAGACUUCAACUUAAACUCAUCGAAGAUUCUAACAAUAGUCACCGAUAAUGGCAUCAACUUUGCCAAGGACUUCAACGAGUACGGAUACACGCAUUCUUUGGUCGGUCACGACGACGAUCUUAUAUUCGAAAAUCUUCCUGCUGCCGGUUUGGAAUUGGACGAACGAUGUCAACCCACCCAUCUGCGUUCUCAUACGCUAUGUUUGUUGGCUACAGUCGAUGUAGUUAAAGCCAUACAAAGCAGCACUUUCCAAAGUACUCACAAUGAAGCGUUGCGUAAAUGUUCAGCCCUUUGGAUGGCCGUCUCGCAACCAAAAUCCUUCGACGUAAUCUUGAAGACGCUCGAAACUACAUUGAUUCUCCCGGAUGCUCGUAAAUGGAGCUCGAUACACAGCGCGCUCGCACAGAUCUUAAAAGUUAAAGACAAGCUUUGGUUGCUGAACAAUAUUGGUUUGAACGAGUACCUUCCGUUCACCGAGAAAGAUGUAGCGUAUUUGCAGGAGCACGUCAAAUGUAUGGAACCAUUAACCUCAGCUUUGGAUAAGUUACAGAGCGAGAGGAACAAUUACUACGGAUUUUUAUUGCCAUGUCUUCUAGAGCUGCGCUAUAAAGUACGUAAAUUGAUGGAUCAAGUGCAUAGGUUUUCUCAUCCAGUCCUGAAGGCUAUCGCCGAUGGAUUGGAGGAGCGUUUCGGUGAAUUGCUUGGGUUAGGGCCGAAUUCGCAUGGCGCGGUCAUCGCAAGCUUGUCACAUCCAGUCUUCAAGACGCGAUGGUUUGCGGCCAUUAAAACCGCCGAUCGGCAGAGGCUGCGAGAUUUGUUUAUCCAAGCAGUGAUAACCGGAUAUCAAAAGGUACAUGAGCCAGAAGCAGCUGAACUACCCGAAGGUCACGACUUCGAUUUCGGUCCUGACAUCGAGGAUGUAUCUUUUACAGAGCAUCCUCAAGCUGAGAUUGAGGUGCUCAGGUAUUUGAGCGAUAACCGUAGGGAUCUGGCCAUGCUGAACGACUACCCGAACGUGAAAAGGGUCUUCAUUAAGUUCAACACUCCUUUGGCUUCGUCAGUUCCCGUUGAAAAACUGUUCUCUUUCAAUAAAAUUCGUGAAUCUCUUUAUCACCGCACCGACGAGCUUUUCGAGGAGCGCGUCGUUCUCAUGGCGAACAGAAAUUUCGCAUAAUCUAGAUCUUUUCAAGACUUUUUAAUCUUAUUAUGAAUCCAGAAAUAAUAUUAAUACUACGAAAAAAAAAGUAGAUUCGAGAUUUUACUUAAUGUUAUCAAAAGUUAUUUAAAGCAAAUGUAUUUAUAUGUAUGUACCAAUAAGCAAAACCUUAAUUAUAACAGAAUAUAUGGACA